AUGUCUACGGAAUUGCCAAAUGUACCAAAUGUUAGUCAAAUCAAUCAAUAUGUAGUAAGAAUCCUAGGCCAAAACCCUGGGCCAAGAACCUUACAGGGUACAAAUUCUUAUCUUGUUGGUGAUCCGAAAUCUUCACGUGUACUUAUUGAUACUACAAUUCGUGGACCAAGUUUAUCAGUCUAUCUAAAUUGUUUAGAAAAAGAAUUCAGUCAAUGCACCAAUGGAUUACCAUUAUCUGCUAUAAUAAUUACACACUGGCAUCCAGAUCACUGUCAAGUUGUAGAAGAUGUACUGAAACUAGCAUAUCAUAACUCAUCGAAUAAUAUUCCAGUAUACAAAUGCUCUACUGGUCCAACUCUACUAUCCCUUGGAUAUUAUUCUGGACAAGUUACAAAUCUACAAGAUAAUGAUACAGUUCCAAUUGAUGUGCAGUCAAAUAGUGUUUGUUGUUUAAGAGCAAUACAUACACCAGGUCAUGCAACGGAUCAUUUAUGUUUCCUACUUGAAAAGGAUAAUCAACCAGUCUGUUUCUUUUCUGGUGAUUUAAUUCUAGGUCAUGGAAGUACAAUUGUUGAAAAUCUGGAUGAAUAUAUGACGUCUUUGCAUACAGUGAGAAGCAUUCUCUCUAAAAUAAACUCAAAUAAUCGUCAACAAUCGGUUACACUAUUACCAGGUCAUGGAUCAGAUGUGAAAGAUGCUUUGAAUAGAGUUAAUGAAUACAUUACAAAUCGAUUAAAUCGUAUUGAGAAAACUAAAAAGUAUUUUCUCGAUCAAUCGACGACUGAUAAAUGGCUCAAAGAAGGCGAUAUUCUCAGAUUUGUUUAUCCCAAUAUACCUGACAAUUUACGAUUUGAAGCAAUAAAUAAUUUACGACAAAGUUUAUUCUGGUUAAGUACUCAUAAUCCUUAUCAGAUAGCAACUGCUUCACUACCAUCAUCCAACAAUCUUCUUUGUCGUAUGACCAAUUCAAGUUCUGAGAACAUUUCUAUCACUAAGGAGGAAUUUUAUGCAAUGCUACACAGAGAAAUAGUCAAUAUUUGUUCAGUUUCUUCGGUACCAGUUAACAAUGAUUCUGUUAAAUCUUUACGUGGAGAAUGGGAAUGGAAAUGGAUUCAUACUAUGGAAUGA